UUCAGAUUCAGAUUCAAACACUGCAUAUUGACAUGGAUCGAGAUUUGAUAAUUGAAAUCCUUUUGAGGUUGCCGGUGAAGUCUAUUGUACGAUUCAAGGUUGUGAGCAAGUUAUGGAGAUCUCUCAUAUCCGAUCCCCUCUUUGCUUCAUUACAUUUUCAACGUGCUGCUCCUUCACUCCUUUUCGCUGACUCUCAUGCCAUUCGAACCAUUGACUUAGAGGGACCGCUUCAAUCUCAUCGUGUUUCUCAACCAAUCAAUUGUCACUUUUUGUCUAAUUAUCAUGAUUUAUCGUCGUCUAAACACCGUAACCGUAUUUCGAUUGAAGGUUCGUGUAGAGGCUUUCUGCUAAUCACCUGGAUUAUUAAUAUUAGUCAUCAGCACCCGUGGAAUGAUAGUCUCUACCUGUGGAAUCCAUCCACACAUGUCCACAAACCAAUACCACCAUCUCCUGUUGUUGACACCAAUGUUUUUAAUCAUCUAUUUGGAUUUGGUUACGAUUCCUCGACAGAUGACUACUUGGUGGUUCGAGUGCCCGUGGCGGACGGUAACCAACCUACUCAUUUACCAGAUGUGCAGUUUUUCUCAUUGAGAGCUAAUAUGUGGAAAUAUACCGAGGGUGUUGAUUUGCCUCCCUUGACCACUAUUGACCCUUGUCAUGGAUUGCUCUUUAACGAGGCUAUUCACUGGGCGGUUAGUAACUGGGUCGAUGGUGUUACGAACAUGUUUAUUAUUGCCUUUGAUUUAAUGGAAAAGAGACUCUUAGAGAUACCCAUGCCUCAUGGUCUUCUUUUCCCUCGUUUUACUUUGUGGGUGCAUGGAAGAUUUUUAAGUCUAUCAAUUUUGCAGAGAGAUGGUACAUGUGAAAUAUGGGUUAUGAAGAAAUACAAAGUACAGACAUCUUGGACCAAGACUGUUCUAUCUACGGGGAGCUUUCACUUCCCAAUAUGCUCUACAAAAGGUGGUGAUAUUGUUUUACAUUCUGGAACAAAAGUGAAAAAGUAUAGUGAUGAAGGAGUAGAACAAGAAGAACAACUAGAGUAUCCGAACCAUUGUGGUUUACUAGAUGCAUCAGUGCCCAUAUAUACAGAGUCAAUGCUUUCACUCCCUGAUGUUAGCGACUGAAAUCUCCACAAGAGCUUCGAUUUCAGCAGUUAGUGGGGCUGGC